AUGUUGUGGAAACCAAGCAAUCCUCAUGAAGAUACAUUCAUCCAUGAUUACCUAACUCCAGCUAUUAACCCUUUUUUUGCUGAUGAUGAAUUUCUUAUAUCUGAAUGGUCUAGUGAUACUUUGGCUGCUUCUAAAUCGCGAAAAAAAAAGUUUGAUCCUGUUCUUAAAGGUUGUAAACCUGAUUUUGUGGUUUCUGUUUCAGUAGUGAAACCACCAAAGUGCAGAAAUAUUGGGUUGUCCGAUGAUAAGGUAAAGCUGGGCAAUGAAUUAAAAGAUGCAAUAGACUUGAUGAUCAAUGAUCAAAUCAUAUCAAAAGAUGUUAUAAUAUGUGGUCUAUUGGUAGAUGGUCUUAAAUUAACAUUGUCAGUAGCAGAUUACUUAUUUGAGGAUACAAUUUGUAUAUUUGAUCUAACAGAUAUAGUUAUCCAAAAACAGUAG